ACAAAGGCUAAAUGAAAGAAGAUUUAAGGUGUGUGAGGAUGUGGACGCUGGGUCUUCAGGUGGUCACUAUCUGCGUUUUCCUACAGGUGUCAGGGUGUUUCCCAUCAUGCCUCAUUGCAGGCUCUGUAGCCAACUGUGCCUUCCGGAAGCUCCACUGGGUUCCUGCUCUCCCUGCCAACAUCACCCACCUGUACCUGGAGCUGAACCACAUCAGUGAGAUCAACUCCACCUCGCUGUCAGGCCUCGAGCAGCUGCAGGAGCUGGACCUGGGGGCACAGCGUGUGCCGCUUGUCAUCAGAAACAACGCCUUCAGCAGACAAAGUCACCUGAGGAGGCUGGUGCUCGGCAUGAAUGUGGGUCUGCGACUGGAGCCACAAGCCUUCAUGGGGCUGUCUAGUUUGCAGAAGCUCGACCUGGAUUACUGUUUCCUUCACAAUUCCAUUCUGAAGGAGAACUAUCUAGAGCCUCUGUCCUCCCUAGAGACUCUCAACCUCUUUGGAAACCAGAUAAAGACAGUCCAGUCUUCAAUGGUCUUUGCAAACAUGAUUCAUUUGAAAGAGCUGAAUCUCAAGCUGAAUAAAAUUGACAAGAUUUGUGAGCCAGAUCUGUCUGGUUUUCAGGGCAAGCACUUCCAGCUCCUGAACUUGGAAUCUGUUUCCCUUAAGACCAUGAAUACUCAAGGUUUUAACUGGCAGAAAUGUGGGAAUCCUUUCAGAGGGCUGUCCUUUCAGACACUUGACCUGUCCCACAACGGGUUUGGCGCAGCUACCUCAAAGCAGUUUUUCAGAGCAAUUGAGGGGACAAAGAUCUCCCAUCUCAAAUUGUCAGGAUCAAUGGGCAAAGGGUUUUCAUUCAACAAUCUCCCUGAUCCAGACCACAGCACAUUUGAAGGCUUGAAGAACAGUUCAGUCCAGAUUUUAGAUCUGUCUAAAAACAGGAUAUUUGCAUUGCAACAAGGGGUUUUUAGUCCACUGAAAGAAGUUGUAGUCAUUGACAUUUCCAGAAACAAAGUGAAUCAGAUACACAGAAAUGCCUUCGAAGGUCUUCAAGGCCAUUUAAAACUGCUUAACCUGUCACACAACCUGCUUGGGGAAAUCCAUUCUUACACUUUUGCUUUUCUGACAAACCUGCGAGUGCUAGACUUGUCCUAUAAUCACAUUGGUGUACUGGGGUACCACUCAUUUAGUGGCCUUCCCUACCUUAGAACAUUAAAUCUAACAGGGAACUCUCUGCGAGAUUUAGGCUUCCCUGCAUCUCUACCCAGGUUACAGUUUCUCCUCUUGAAUGACAACAAGUUGACACCCUCAUCAGUGAUAAGUAUCAUCGACUUCGCUAGAAACAUUUUGCAUCUGAACAUCCAGGACAAUAGAUUAACAGACUUGGGUGAUGUUGGCAAUUUUCUGACUCAGCUGAAAGGCAUCCAGAGUCUCUUCUACGGGGGAAACACAAUCAGGGAGUGUAUGUUCAGUAGACAGGUUUCAGCAGUUGAUCUGAAAAAUUUUCACAUCCUGGAUCUUCACAGCAGCUCUCUGCAGUCCGUCUGGUCCCAGGGCAGAUGCUUCAGUCUGUUUGACAACCUAGGACAUGUGCUCAGUCUCAACCUGAGCUUCAACAACCUGCGGUUUCUUCCUCAAGGAAUCUUCAAAGGUCUCAGCUCAGUACUAGAACUGGAUCUCUCAUCCAACGCUCUGACAUAUCUCCAGCCAGACAUCCUACCCAAAAGUCUUAAAAUACUCAACCUCUCCAACAACUUCAUAGCCUCCCCUGAUCCAGCUGCUUUCCGCCUACUCACUGCCCUUGACCUACAGAUGAACCGAUUCCACUGCAACACCGACCUGAAGCCCUUCCUGACAUGGCUGAACGAGACCCAUGUCACCUUCCUGAGUCCUGUUCAUGAACUCAGAUGUGAAUUUCCCUCCGGUCACUAUAAUGUUCCUCUGUUAGAUUACUCUGCUCAGGUCGAACAGAAGUAAAAGCAACUAAAAGUGAGCAUUUGAUUUCAGGGUGACUCCUCAGUGGCAUGUGUCGCUGCAGUCACAUGUUAAAACCUAUAUGAUCUGGAUUUCUAAUGUAAGUGUGAGAUAUGUUUUGUUAAGAAUAAGAAUCCCCGACAUGUUGAAAAUGUUGAGUUUAACACAAUGCUUUUCAUUAAAUGUAAAAAAUGUGUCACGUUA